AUGUUAAAGCAACUUUCGAUCGGGAGGUGCCCCAAUCUCGAAUUCCUUUAUGCACACGACGAACCUCUUUGCAAUUCCACAUCUAUCCGUUCCUCAAAAAUAAGUGAGUAUCCAAGUCUGGAAUAUCUUUCACUACGUCAUUGCCCAAAUUUGAAAUCAGUGCAUUGCUUCCUCCCUUCCCUUGUGAAUCUAGACAUAGGUCAUUGUGAUGAACUUGAGUCAUUUCCUGGAUUGGGUUUAUCAUCUAUUCCCGGAAUGCAAUUAUCCUCUAAAUUAGAAUCAGUUGUCAUCUGUAACUGCAACAAACUCUUUGCUGGCCGCAAGCAAUGGGAUUUGCAAAGACUCCCUUCUCUUACAAGCUUCAGUUUCAAUGGAUGUGAAGAAGUUGAAUCCUUCCCUGAUGAAGAUCUGUUCCUCCCCUCAACACUCACAUCUCUUACAAUCAAUUGUCUUCCAAAUCUGAAAUUUCUUAACUACAAGAAGAUUCAAAUCCUCACUUCACUUAGAAAAUUUACAAUCGGUGACUGCCCUAAGCUCCAAUCCAUGCCACAACAGGGCCUGCUCUCUUCAAUUGAUUAUCUAUCUAUCUCUGCAAGCCCCUUGCUGGCACAGAAGUGUCAACGGGAGACAGGGGAGGAUUGGCCCAAGAUUUCUCACAUCCAUGAGAUAUGGAUUAAUGGGAACGAGAUCAAUUGA